GGCCCUUUCUGGUGUGCGCAUCUGAGUUCUGGCCCUCAGUUGAAGCCGUUCUUGGUUUCACUUCCAACCUUCUGAAAUCAUGGGGAAAUCUUGCCUGGCAGACCUCGGAUUAGUUGUCUGAUAACAGCUUUUGAACCAACCUACUGCACUGGAGCCAGGAACUUAGAUGUGCCAGACUGGACUGUAUCCUAUUCUGUGGCCAGUCAGCUGCUGGCCAAGGAGGAUGGAGAAUUCCAAGGUUCCAGAGUCGUUUGGUGUUGGGUCCUCCCCUGCAACGAGCGAUCCCUCCCUAAGGCGCCCUGGAUGGAUUGCACUCUGCUGUAGGAUGUAUUUACUUCCCUCCUUCUUCCUUGUACGUUAUCCACAACUUGCCUCAUCUGAAGGUGCCUCCAUCCUCCACCAUGAAUGAUGAUCAGAGACUACACAACAAUGCAGUAGCUUGGCUGAUCUGCUCAGGGGUCUCCAUUCUAGCCAACACCUGGGGGAUUCUGAGUGUAAGUGCCAAGCAGAAGAAAUGGAAGCCCCUGGAGUUCCUUAUCUGCACACUGGCUGGGACUCACAUCCUUAACAUAGCCAUCCCCAUGACUAUGUACUCUGUGAUCGAGCUCCGGCGGCAGCGCUCAGACUAUGAAUGGAGCGAAGGCCUCUGCAAGGUCUUUGUCUCCACCUUCUAUACCUUAACCUUGGUCACCUGCUUCUCAGUCACCUCCCUGUCCUACCAUCGGAUGUGGAUGGUCCGCUGGCCAGUCAAUUACAGGCUGAGCAAUACCAAGAAGCAAGCUGUUCACACUGUGAUGGGCAUUUGGAUGGUGUCCUUCAUCCUCUCCACCUUGCCAGCCGUUGGAUGGCAUGACACCACCGAGCGCUUCUACGCCAGGGACUGCCGCUUCAUCGUCACUGAAAUCGGCCUGGGCUUCGGCGUCUGCUUCCUGCUCCUCAUCAGCGGCAGCGUGGCGAUGGGCGUCGUCUGCACCAGCAUCACCCUCUUCCAGACUUUCUCCCUCCAAAUGGGGCACAGCGUCGACAGGAACAAGAUCAACGUGCCUGCCAUCGUGGUGGAGGACGCACAGGGCAAACGGCGCUCGUCCAUCGACGGCUCCGAGCCCAUCAAGACCUCUCUGCAAAUCACCUACCUGGUCACCGGGAUCGUGUUCAUUUAUGAUUUCCUGAUGGGCUUUCCCAUCCUGGUGGUGAGCUUUGCCAGCCUGAAGUCUGACAUGUCCUACAGCUGGAUGGUGUUGUGUGUUCUCUGGUGCUCGGUCAUCCAGUCCCUGCUCCUCCCCCUCUUCCUCUGGGCCUGCGAUCGCUACCGAGCAGACAUAAGGUCCAUCUGGGAGAAGUGCAUGGCCAUCAUGUCCAACGACGACGCAGACGAAGAGACCAGCCUGGAUGGUGCAAUUCACACCGACCUGAUGUAUGAGAGGCCUUACGACUAUAACUACGGAGGGGACAUCUUAGCGCUGGAGCACAUUGCCAAGUACGACUUCUCGGCACUGGAGAGAGGAAUCCCUCAGGUGUAUCCUGUUCGAUCGGUGCAGGAGAACAAAAUGCAGUAUCUGCAGGUCCCGCCUCUGAGGCGUUAUUCUCACGAUGAAACGGACAUUUGGACUACGGGCCAGAUUUCAGCCUACCUCCAGCACUGGGGGGCGGGUGAGGAUGCGGCCGGGCUGGCCCACCUCCUCAUCCCGCGACAUGCACAGAGGAGGAGCAGCCUGACCUCCUACCACGAGGAGCGGCUUCCCUACCGCAAACGCCGGAAGUCUGUGGAGAGCGUCAUCUCACUCCAGCCGCUCUGCCGUGAGGACCUGUACAAGUGCUUCAGCAAGGAGGAGGAGGUGAAUUUCAUUGACGAGAGCCCCCUGCCCAGCCCCAGGAAAAGCCCCAUGCACUCGUCUUCCGUCUCCCUCCUCCCGGAGGCUUUUCUGCCCCAGGCCAGCGUGUGCUCCAACUUCCCUCUGACCGACUUUGAGCGGGAGCCCCAGGUGCUGCGCAGGUUCUCGGCGCAGGGGAAGGGCUGCACCCUCACUGUGCCCAGGCCUCUACGCACCCAGGAGGACCCCAGAUGCCUCUUUCCCGAGGGAAGCAGAGACCCCUGCGGGGGACAAACUCCCUUCGAACUCGGGGAGGCCCAGGCACUAGACAGCCGCCCAGCAAGCAGCAGCUGCUCUGAGUCAGGGGGAUUUCGGACGAGUUUGAGCAUCUCCUGGGGGGAGCAGGAAAACCCACAGAAAGGUGGGAGCAAAGGUAGCAGCACUAGCUUUUUAAGCUCCCCUUCUGCUUCAUCUGGGUAUAUAACAUUUCAUUCCGACUCCAUUGGCUCGGCCUCCUAGGAGCAAGUGUGCUGGACCCCAAUGCCACCUCUGCCGUGUGUGUUGGUUUUCUAUGGCUUUCCUUACAUCCUUCAAAGAGGUGGUCUUGGUUUAGUAAUGGGAGCUGGGCAAAGCACCAAAGAAAUCCAACGUUUUCUCAUGCAUAAAAAAAGGGAGCCAGAGAGACUUGCUAGAGGAAUGUCUGAUCUGAGGAUGGUGUAAAAAUGUUUGAAAUUCCUACUCAGGUGGACAAAACCACAGCACGGUCCUUCCAAACCCUUUCUGUGUGUGGAUGGCAGGGGGGAAUCGGAGCAGGUGCUGCAGCCAGGAGCAGCUCCAGGCCCCAGCACGCCAAGCGUGUGCUUGGGGCAGCAU